UUUGUUAUGUCUGUCAAAGAACUGACUUGAUUCUUUUGUUAUUUGAGGUUUACUCGUGAUGCAAAAUCAGCACUGGUUCGGAAGAUUACUAGAGUUUUUACAAACAAAUUUGAUGGUCCAUUCUACAAUUGGUCAUGUGUGCCUCCGGAUAGACGAGAAAGAUACUUCCUUGAGUUUGCGAAAACACACACUUGGGAUCCUUUAAUAACAGGAACAGUGCAACAGUAUUUCUAUGACAUAUGCCAACGACGGAUGAAAAACAUGGUUAGCGACGUUAGGACUAGUCGAGUGCAACCUAAAUGGAUCGAGGGUGACCUGUGGAAAGUAAUGGUUGCUCAGUGGGAGACUGAAGAAGCACAAGAAAGGAGUCGAAUCUAUUCCAAAGCUCGCAUGUCAGACCGUAAUGGUCUCGGUCCUCACAUGCACUUAUCUGGGCCAACAUCUUAUCAACAAGUCAAACAAGGCUUGGAAGAAAAACUUGGGAGACCAGUGAGUCUCGGUGAGGUUUUCAAAGAAACUCAUACAAAGCCAGAUGGUACAUAUGUGGAUCGCAAGGCUGAGAAGAUCUUUACAACUUAUGAGAAAAACUUACAAGCUAAGCUAUCUGAGAUUGAGUCAGAUCCUUCACAAGUUCAUGAGCUCACAGCAGAAGAUUAUACUGCCAUCUUUCUUCAGUCCACCGAGAAGGAUUCACGAGGUAAUAUUUUUGGGCUCGGUAGCCUCAAGGAUCAUCUUCAGGGUCUUCUCAAUGGCAGCAGCUAUCAUCAACAAGGACAGUCAUCAUCGUUUGUAGCAUUGCAAGAGCAAAUGAAGGAAGCUCAAAGGAUCAUUGAAGAACAAGUUGCUUAUGCGACAAAACGUGAUGCUGAGUUUGCUGCUCGUGAAGCAGAACAUUCCAAAGUUGUGGCUGAGCAACAGAAGAAGAUAGAUCGCUUGGAAAAGUUCAUGCAGAAACUUGAUCCGGCCUUUCUCGAGUUCCAUGAGUCUGAAUCAAGUGAUGCACCCAUCGACCCUCCUACAUAAAGUGCAUCUCCUCCUUAGGUUAAUUCUUAGGCUACUUAUCUCUCUCUAUUUCUUACUCUAAUGAACUUGACAAUUUGGGAUGAUGUGUUCUUCCUUAUCACUUAAGAGAAUCAUAGUGUUAGGUUCUCUCUUUUGGUUGUGACAAAAAUAUGGUUCUCUCUUUUUGUAAUGGCUUAUGUGGUGUACUAAUUACAAUUAUGGUUAACUUUUGGUAAUUAAAAAUGCAAAUUUUAAGGC